AUGGAAGCUGAAGAAGUGCUGCAGCUUUUCGACUCUUGUUGGUUCGGGACUGAAAUUUCCACAGAAAAGCAACCUUCUACGUCUUACCCGACGGACCCAGUUCAUGAAAUCCAAAGUUUCGCUCCAAAGCCUGUCAUCUCAAGCGAAGCCCCAAAGCCUGUCAUCUCAAGCGAAGCCCCAAAGCCUGUCAUCUCUCGCCUUCCCACGCUUCUUCUUCGAUCUCGAAGCGACGAUUUGAGCUUUCAAACGAGCUUCAACUCAGAUUCUCCUUCCCCAAAGUCAGUUCUCCUUGUACCGAAACUCCAACGGAUUCUUUCAGACAAAGAAAUUGUAGAAGUCGCAGAAAGCGACACGAAACAAGAAAAUAUCGAGAAACCUGUCAAGAAAAAGAGGGAUUUGAGGAGUAGCAGCAAGAGCUUAUCAGCCCUGGAAUUUGAAGAGCUAAAAGGCUUCAUGGAUCUGGGUUUUGUCUUCUCUGAAGAAGAUAAGGAUUCAAGAUUGGUUUCUAUCCUUCCUGGGUUGCAGAGAUUGGGGAAGAAAUCGGAAGAAAAGGAGACUACUAUUGACGAAUCUGCAAUUCCAAGACCUUAUCUUUCCGAAGCUUGGGAUCUUCUUGAUCGAAGAAUGGAAGAGAACCCGUUAAUGAAUUGGAGAAUUCCGGCUUCAGGUAACGAAAUCGACCUGAAAGAUCAUCUCAGAAAUUGGGCUCACACAGUUGCAUCUACAGUUAGGUGA